UGGAUGUUUUUAGCCGACUGCCACUCGCUUCAUUGUUCUUUCCUUCCAUCUGAAUUCAAGGAAAGAAAAGGGGCUGAGGUUCUCAGGUGUGACAGUUGGGGAUAUCUCACCAUACUAGUCCUCAGCAAGGUCUGUGCCUGGGCCAUUAGCCUCUCCCAGCUGGGAGAAGCGAAAUUAAACAAAUGGCAGAGACUGUUUAGGUUGUGGAUGAAAGCAAGGACGGAGAAGUGGAGGAGGAGGAGGAGGUCAGCUUGACCAAAUUAAAUUUUCCUUUGUUUUGACCAAGCUCCUCUCCCACAGCCUUCACGCUGGGCUUUCCCCCCCCCCCUCUUUCACUUUCUGCCAAGUUUUGCAGAAAAACGUUUCCUUGUGGGAAAGAAAAGGCCCUGUGCGGGUGCAGUUAAACAGUCACUUGUUCCAAUUCUGGAACCCGUUGAACAGUAACUAGGAGAGGGAUCGCGGGUUCGCCCUUCGGCCUGACUCGGGCAGGGCCCACGCAGAGAUGAGCGGAGAGCACAGUGGGGCCUCUCCAGGAGCCUGAAGUUAGCCAGGCAAGCGGGGGCUGUGCCCGGCCCAGCUCUUCUAAGCCUCUGCACCGUUGAACGAACUCGUCCUGCCUAAAUCCAGGAAAAAGCUGGGCUUUGAUUUUUCAACGGAGGGAUACAGGAGAGCCUCCUCAAGCCAAGCCAGCCUCCUGCCAGGACCUGCCUGCAUAAUUUUCUCCAGGGCAGAUGAGGAUGAGGGUCUGAUUCCUCCAGGUCCAGCCAAUAGUGUGCUGGCUGUGGAAGGAGGUCCGGUCAUCUCCGAUGCUGCUCAGGCGCUGCCAGAGGGAGAGAAACACUCACCGCCCAUCUCUCCAUUCCUUCCCCUGGUGCCGCCGGGAUUAGGCAGAGCUCCUGGCCAUGGCGCACGAGCAGCUGGGCGGCCCCAAGGCCGGGCUUGAGCCGGAGGUGGUCCAGCGUCUUUUGGGCGCCUGUCGAGAUGCCAAGAGGUUUGCCUACUGUCCCUACAGCAGGUACCCCGUGGGAGCGGCACUCCUGACCUCAGAGGGGAAGGUCUUCACAGGUUGCAAUGUUGAAAACGCCGUGUUUCCGCUGGGCGUCUGUGCCGAGCGAACGGCCAUCCAGAAGGCCGUGUCUGAAGGUCACACAAAAUUUAAAGCCAUGGCCAUCAGCUGCAACAGCCAAGAGUCCUACGCCAUUCCGUGCGGAGCUUGCAGACAAGUCCUUCGAGAGUUCGGUCAACAGUGGGAGAUCUAUUUGACCAGGAUGGACGGAGCCUACAUCAAGAAGAGCUUGGAGGAGCUUCUGCCUUUCUCUUUUGGUCCAGAACAUCUGAAGAUCUAGACGGGAGGAAGGAGCCCCGCAGCGGCUUCACUGUUUCUCCGCACCUCCCACCACCUGACACCUCCCCAGUUCAGAAACCUGGCACACCUUCGCCUCCCAGCCUGGGAUUCCAGGGAUCUCCGCACCUCCCCUCAAAAGGGAGGCGAUUGGAUAUUUCCAUUCACAGGGGGUGCUGCCUGCGUGAUCGGAUCCGGAUCCUCAGCCGCAUUUCAAAGGGGCAAAUCUGGGUUCUUGGCCCCUGACCUGCAGCCCCCGCCUUACCCCAAGAUAAACCGCUGUUUUUUUUGAGUC